GAAGUGGUUUGUAUUUCCGGGUUCACUCAGCUUCAGUUUGUCAGCUGUUGUGUGUGUCUGUGUGUGAGUGUGUGUUGGUGCUGCAGUCACGAUGUCUGGAAGUCCUGUGAUCAUGCGUCUGGUGGCGUCUGCACACUCUGUGGCAGAGAAGGCCGGGGCCAUCGUGAGGAAGGUCCUUCACAGUGGAGAGCUUGGCAUCGUGGAGAAGACAGGAGCUAAUGAUCUGCAGACGCUGGCGGACAGACUGGCACAGCAGAGCAUUUGUGCUUCGCUGUCCAGACGCUUCCCAAAAGUCACCAUCAUUGGAGAAGAGGAUCUUCCAUCUGAGGAGGUGAAGGAGGACGUCAUUGAGAAUGGCCAGGCCGAGGACAUCCUCCAGAAGAGCUGCCCAGCAGAAUACAGUGGGCUGAAAGAGGAGGAGCUUGUUGUGUGGGUCGAUCCACUCGAUGGCACAAAGGAAUAUACUGAAGGGCUCCUGGAUAACGUGACGGUGCUGAUUGGAAUUGCAUACGGAGGCAGAGCUAUAGCAGGUGUCAUCAACCAGCCAUUCUACAACUAUCAGCUUGGAGCAGGAGCAGUUUUAGGAAGAACCAUGUGGGGAAUGCUGGGACUGGGCGCCUUUGGAUUUCAGCUGCAGGAAGUUCCAGGUGACAGAAGAAUCGUCACCACCACCCGUUCCCACAGCAACAAGCUGGUAACGGACUGUGUAGAUGCCAUGGAGCCGCACGAAGUUGUAAAAGUGGGUGGUGCUGGAAAUAAGAUAAUUCAGCUUGUUGAGGGAAAAGCAUCAGCUUAUGUCUUCGCAAGUCCAGGAUGUAAGAAGUGGGACACCUGUGCUCCUGAGGCCAUCCUGCACGCAGUCGGAGGUAAACUGACUGACAUGCACGGCAAUGCGUACCGCUACGAGGCAGAUGUGAAGCACAUGAACUCGGCCGGUGUUCUCGCGACACUGCGCAACCACGAGUACUACGUCGGUAGAGUACCACAGUCGGUGAGGCAAGCCCUCAAGUCAGACUGAGGAGACAGAAAAUACUUUGGCUCACGUGUAAUUCAGCAACAACACCCAUCAGAAAAGAGCAGACUCAAAAGCACUUCCAUUUAUUUCACUCAUUUGAAACAAAGUCGUACAAAUCUCGAAACAUCGUAACGUAACUUUUUCAACUCGAAGACCAAUCGCUGUACAAGGCAAAAGGCAAGAUUAUAUUAUAUUAAAUAAAAACACUCGAGUCAAAUGUUCAUCAGUGAGUUGGAAACGAUUCACUGUACUUCAUUCAAUAACCACUAGGUGGAAACAGUGUAACAUCACUAGCAAAAUGCCGACAACAAACAACAUCGUCUUGACCUCUUCACAAUGUCAUGCGAUGACUGAGGUGCAGCAGUUUUCAGUGUGAGAGAGGUAGACGUUUAUUCUGCUGUGAAGAACUAACAGCGUUUAAAACUGAUGUUAUAAUAUUCAUUCAUGUCUUGUGUUAUUUAUUAGUUCUUCGCUUUUCUUUCAAAACUUUCACUCUGGCUCCAAAUGUCGUCACAAGUGCAAGAUGGCAGCAUCUGUAUCCAGGAUAUUUUAGCUUCAUUUUUGUUCAACGGGAGGAAGAUGAGAAAUGUCGUCCAUCUUUAAACACAGUCUAUGCUUUCUUUCAUUUCCACACACAAUGAAUUUACACCAGAACAAAAAAGUAACAUUUUAAUUGAAUCGCCUUUUUCUUUACUUUACACCAACAAUGGAAAUUCUGCUCUUCAACAACCACAAAUGCUGGUUUAGUGAUGUGAGGGGUGCAAGUGUUCAGAUCUGAAGCUGGAAACACGUCACUAAUGCAGCUUAUCUAUUGUUUAUGAAUGCCCGCGUAAAAAAAUUACCAAAGCUG